AUGUCGAAUCUUGAGUCCCCAUCUUCUAUUAGAACAGAAACCAACCCCACACGCUCAUAUUCUAAAGAACCUAUGCCGACAAACCCACUAUCAUCCUUACUUUCUCAAAAAGAUCACAUUUCUACUAUCCAAAAACCCAAUGUGCUCUCACCUAAACUAACUGUUGUCGGUCCUUCUACAACUCAACAGAAACAAGAAUCAAAAGCUUUUGUCUCUGAAUCCACAAAACCCUCUUUGUCUGACAACCCCGACUCUGACAUCAAUGCCAAAACCGUUACUACCUCCCAACUCUUUGGUCUUACAGAAGAAACAAUUGAUAAUGAUGAUGGGAUAAAGGUGUCAAGUCAAAACAAAGGUGCUGAAGUCUAUAGUUGUGAAAAAGAGGUGAGGUUGCCUGCAAGGGAUAUUUUCUUCCAUACCGAGGUUAAAAUAGGAAGGUUUGUGUCAAGUGAUGCAAAAAAUGAAAGUGAGUCAGUGGAAAAAUCUGGUAAAGAUACAAAAGACGUUAUAGUUCAUGUGUGUAGUGAUACUGCCAAAGUAAGAAGUGAAGAUAUGAAUGUUUGUAUAGAUAAUGUUGGUGGUAUCCCUGAUGGCAUUGUACUAAAUUUUGUAAGUGAUAUUAUUAACAAAAAAGUGAUUGAAAGGGAAUCUGGAAAAGUAAGUAUGGAAGCACAGAAGAAGUCUGGAGGGUUUAAGAAAAAGUUAGUAGAAAAGGAAAUGAAACAGAGGAAGUGUGGUGAAACAGAGUACGUGAAUAAGGGACCUAGUUUCGAGGAACACUGUUUGGAUAUUGUACCCCUGUCUUCCAUUGUUAUACCCCUGGAAGGAUGCCCAGCAAGGGAAUCUGGUGCCUCAAAAUCAUCCAGGAAAGGAAACAUUACCAAGAGUAAACAUAUUACCAAAAAGAAAAUUAUCUCACAGCCUAGCAAGAAACCCUUCACUAUCAAACUCGAAACUCAAACUCAAUCGGGCUCCACUUUUAGGACUGACAAAGAGAAGAGUCCAAAGAGUAGAAGAAGAUUUGUGAGGCCAAGAGACAAAGAAGAGGUGGUGAAUGUGGUUGAGACCCAAGGCAAGGAAGAAGAAGAGUCUCCCUGGGAAAGAAAAUGCUCUAAAAAGAAGGUAAAAUUGAGAAGUGAGAAAGAUACUGCUGAAUUGCACAAGUCUCAGAAUAUCUCUAAAUCUCCUAAGAAAAGGAAGGACGUUGAAUUGAGAAAACAGGUCCAUCCAAAAGGAAAAAGGUGGGAUUCAAGGAGGGACCUGGUCCUUCACGACAGGGAACACUAA